AUGACUGAUAAAAGACGUGAUUGUAUCAUGGAGACAAUAACUUGUGGACAUGAUUACACAACAACUUCAAUACAUCAUCAUGCAACAAAUAUCAAUUUGGAAAAUAAUACUAUGCAAACUUUCGAAAAUAUUGCUUCACCUUAUUUUCUUAAUUCAAAGCCAAUAGAUCGAUUGAUGGUCAACACUUCCGGUAUAUAUGUGAAUAAGAGUCAUUAUAAUGAAAAUACAUCAGGUGUUUUGAUGAAUGUGGAAAAUUCCCAACAUACAGACAGUGCAAUACAUACUUUAGUUAGUAAUAGUAAUAAUACUACUACUACUAUUACUGGUGUAAAUACUACAAAUGCUGGAAAUGACGAUGCAGAUGUAACAAUGUGUAUAUGUCCAGUUUGUGGUUUCUCUGCAUCAUCUCCACGUAGACAAGAUGAACAUAUGGAACUAGUACAUGGUGAUGUAACAGUAUCUAAUAUUUUAACAACCAGUAAUUUAACAUCAAUCACACCACCAACAUCAACUAUGAUAACAAUGAAUCAAGAGAAUUCUGACAGUCCUAAAUCAUCUAUAAAAUCUAUGAAAUUAGAUUGGCCCUUAGAAAUGAAUAAUUCAACAUCUUUUGAUUUUUUUCAAUCACAUCAACCAACAAUGAAUUUACAACAACAAAAUUAUCACUCAUAUAAUUCGUUUGCAUUACAAGCAUCAUCUACACCACAACGUGUAAAAUUUUGGUCAACCGAGCCGGAACAAAUCAAUUCAUCAUUAACAACAACAACAACAACAGUGAACAAAUGCUUAAAAAUCAAAAGAGAUUCAUUCAAAAUUCAAACUUCAAAAAUGACAAACAAUAAUAAUAAUGAGAUAAAAAAAUCUGAGAAAUCUCGAUCAUAUUCAUCAUCAACGAAAAAUGGUAAAUCUAAGGAGAAACAAAAAUGUUUCUCAUUGUCAUCAUCAUCGACAUUAUCCCUAUCAACAUCCUCAUCACCAUCUUCAUUGUUAUCAGUAACAACAUCUCCAUCGUCUAUUACAACAAUUACAACCACAACAGGAACAGCGAUUAAAGUAAUCGCAGUUGGAGACGAUGAUGAUGAUGAUCGUCAUCAUGCAGUUGUGAAGAAAGUCGAUUCAAGAAGACGUUAUCGAUGUAACAUUUGUCCAACAACAUUUCCAUGGCAUGGUGAUCUAACAGAACACUUACGCUCUGUGCAUGGAAUGCAAAAAUCACGUGAAAAUGCACGUAAUGGUAAAGCUGGAAGUUUUUGUUGUAGUCAUUGUAAAUAUGUUGCAAAAUAUCAAAGUGAACUAAAUCGUCAUAUGCGAUUACAUUGGGGUGUUAAACCAUUCAUAUGUGUUUUUUGUCCAUAUCGUAGUGCAUGGAAAGGUGAUUUAAAACGUCACAUGGAAUCACAUCAUAGAGAACGUUUUACAUGUGAAACAGAAUUAAUUAAAAUUAUGUCACAAUUUAAAAAUAACGCUGGUACAAGAACAUCAGCAGCAGCAGCAUCAAUAACUAGUGGUUAUGGACAUACUUCCACAUUGCCUAUUUCACAAUUUGAUAUAACAACAGAAAGUAGUGAAGGUGAUAAUACAAGUGAUCGAUACAAUUGUUUACAUAUUGAUGAAGAAGAAGAAAAUAUUAUAAUUACUACUACUAGUACUACUACUACUACCACUACCACUACUACUACUACUACUCAUGAUAAUAAUAAUAGUAGUAAUAAUAGUCUUAGUAUUGAUGUUGAAAAUUCAGAUGACAGUUCCAAUGAAAGUGAUGAUAAAAUGAACUCAAUUGUUAAAUCAUAUUCACGUAAACAUUCAUUAAAAACUAAUUACUCACUAUUAUAUAAUGAAUCAAACAGUAUGGAUACUAUCAAUAAUAUCAAUGGUAAUAAUAAUAGUAGUAUUAAUAGUACUGUAAACCUUACUAAUACUAUGAUAAAUAAUUAUCUACCACAAAUGACAAUAGCUGAAAAUAAUUUAAUCUGUCAUAUUUGCUCAUAUCAUGCACAAAAUCAAAGUAAAUUUAAAAAUCAUAUGGCUAGUCAUAUAAAUUUAAAACAAUUUAAAUGUCCAAUCUGUGGACAACGAAGUAAUUAUAAAUGGGAUAUUACAAAACAUUUAAAAAAACAACAUCCAAAUAGUAAUCAAUUACCAAUUACAAUAAUCAAUAAUGAUAUAGAAACAAUUGAUGAACAAUAUAUGAAUACAUCAAUUGGAUCAAUACCAAACUCUUUAACAAUGUAUUCAACAUCAUCAUCAUUAUCAUUGCCUAUGACUUCAUUAAUCAAUUCACAAUCUUGUACUUCACAAAUACAAUCAUGUAUAUUACCAAGUCAAUCAUCAAUUGUUUCAUUGAUUCCAAUAACACAACCAUUAACAGUAUUCUCUCGACCACAGAUUACAUCCAUAACACAAUCAUCAUUAACAUCAUCAACAACAUCACAUUUAUCAGGUUUAUCUGGAAUUUCACCAAAAUCCAAUGAAAUGAUUUCAUUAGAUAUUGAAUGUAAAAAUUAUUCAAAAAUUUCAGAUCUUCAAAUGACAUCAAAUGAUCCUUUGAAUUUAAUUGCAUAUUCAUCUAUAAAACAAUUAUCAUUAACAACAUCAUCAUCUUCAUCAAUAGCAGCAUCACCGUCUAAGAAUUCUUCAUUAAUACAAAAUGAUGAAGAUGAUGAUAUAUUAUCAGUGAAUGAUUCAUUACCAAUUGAUCUAUCAAUUGGAUAUCCUCAUAAACAUGAUGAUAUUAAGAACCCUAUACUACUUACAAACACAUGUCCAUCAUCAUCAUCGGAAUUAAUGUCAAAAAUUUCAUUCGGAAACAAUCAUCAUUAUGCUUAUCCGAAUUUUUCUGCAGAGUUAAAUAAUAGUAUUUAUUCAGGAACGAAAUGUUUUACCACGACGACAACAACAACCAUAGCAUCUCCUAGUAUAAUUACUUCUAAUUCUACUAUUACGACUGACAAUAUAUUAUCGGAUACAAGAUUUCAUUAUCCUAUUUUAUCUAAUUCACAACAGAAUAUUACGCAUAAUAUUACUAAUACUACUACCAGUAAUGCUAAUAAUACUUCAAUAUCACCGUAUAUAGUUGGUUCAUUAAUUUCUGACCCAUUAAAAAUAAUGCAUCAUCAAAUCCAACGAUUAAUUUGCUAUUCAAUAUUCAACAACAGGUUUUAA